GCCGGGCUCUGCCUGCGUCACUGCUGUGCGACGCACAUGUCGAGGUGAAAGUGCAAGCUGCCAUUUUUUCGAAGGAAUCCUGAAUCUUAUUCCUGAUUAGACAAGCAAAGACAAACUGUGAGUCUCACCGUCACUUUUUAGCAGUUUAGUUUAAUUUGUUUGCGUACUCUACACGAAUAUUACAGAAGCUCGGUUUAUUUUAAUCCGGGUUAAAGCGCAGGUUUAGCCCAGGGCUGCACCGGGCUGCAGAUGGCUGCUUGGCUCGGCUAGCUAACGUUAGCUGUGGCUGUAAACAAACACUACAGACAGCGAGGAAACAGCAGCUAAUAAACUAGCUCGCAUUUUUCAGGUUUGUUUAGUAGAUGUGGUCGAUAAUUGAGUUAGAGAACGAGCUAACGUAACGUUAAGACGUAACGUUAGGUGGAGCGGGCGGCAGGAGGCAGUUUGAUGCUGCAUGUCUGCAAGUUAGCGACACAACUUCAGUUUUGAUGACAUUGCGAGUUUCUCCAAACUAGGUCGGAGCUCAGUUUCUUUAGAACGGGUCCGGGUCAGUCGGGUCGCGGGGAAACACACUUAUACCGGCAUGUCGUCCUUCUCCGAGUCGGCCCUGGAGAAGAAGCUGACGGAGCUGAGCAGCUCGCAGCAGAGCGUCCAGACUCUGUCUCUGUGGAUCAUCCACCACCGCAAACACUCGGGCCUCAUCGUCAAAGUGUGGCACAGAGAGCUGAAAAAAGCUAAAAGCUCCAGGAAGCUGACCUUCCUGUAUCUGGCCAACGAUGUCAUCCAGAACAGCAAGAAGAAAGGACCCGAGUUUACCAAAGACUUUGAGACGGUCCUCGUCGAUGCCUGCUCCCAUGUUGCCAGUGAAGCCGAUGAGGGCUGUAAAAAGCACAUGGAGAGACUGCUGAACAUCUGGAAAGAGAGAGCCCUCUACAGAGGAGACUUCAUUCAGCAGCUCAAACUAGCCAUAGACGACUCUAACAGUCCCAGGCCUUCAGAAGAGAAGAAGGCUGUGAAACGCAGCUAUCAGAAAAUCCAGGAAGAGGAGGAUGAUGAAGAUGACGACUACAGGAACCACGUCUCCCCUCACAACUCGGACAUCUCUGCAACUCAACUGACAGAGGAGCUGGUGAAGGCCCUACAGGACUUGGAGAAUGCUGCAUCAGGCGACGCAGCAGUUCGUCAGAAGAUUGCCUCGCUGCCGCAGGAAGUCCAGGACGUUUCCCUGCUGGAGAAAAUCAGUGACAAGGAAGCGGCAGACAAGCUGUCAGAGACGGUGGAUGAAGCGUGUUUGCUGCUUGCUGAGUACAACGGCCGACUGGCUGCAGAGCUAGAGGAUCGCAGGCAGCUUGCCCGCAUGCUGACUGAAUACAUCAACAGCCAGAAGGAGGCGCUCAUGGAGAGAGAGAAGAAACUAGAGGAAUAUAAGCAGAAACUGGCGAGGGUGACCCAAGUUAGGAAAGAGCUAAAGUCCCACAUCCAGAGUCUCCCUGACCUCUCUCUCCUACCCAACGUGACCGGGGGUCUGGCCCCGCUCCCGUCAGCCGGAGACCUCUUCUCUACCGACUGAGAGGUCUUUGCCCAAAAAACCUAGCCCGAUGACCCUCCCCACCCAAACCCAGCCCCAUGUUUGAUUAACAGAAAACUUCCAGCUUUGUCACCAGCCAGAGGAUACAUGUGGUCAAACCUCUCUUGGCAAUCAGCUCACCUGUUAACUCCAAACCUGCAGGACAAGAGGGAGGAAGGGACAUUUAAAGCAAGGUUUGGUGAAAUCAAAAUGCUUUGGAGAGGAGAACGGAGACUCUGUCAGCCUGGAGUUUUUCCAGCAGUUGCUCAAUCGACAAGGAUUCCACUCCACCAGCUUGGAACAACUUUGUUUCCCAUUUGUUUUUAUUAUUUUUUUAAUGCUGGAAAUGUCAGUGAUCUAAGAAGAGGGGCGGGGUAAAGAAGCAAAACUUAGACAGACAUGAAUGUUUGCUGUCAGGACGUGUCUUUCUGUGUGGUACAUUGUGGAUUCAGUAAGCAAAGGUGGGCCGUUUGCUCUCACAAUUCUCAAAGAUUAUGACUACACUGUGAAGAGGAUUUACCAUUAAUUAGUUUUAUUUUUUGGUUUUCAGUUGGUGGCAUUUUGUUAACCCAUUAGGCAGUUUUUAUGUGUUUGUGAAAUUAGAGAAGAUAUCAGAUUGGGUUCAGUGUAUGUUGCUUGUUGAAACAACAUUGUCAAAAGCUGAUAGUCAGCAGUCACAUUUCAGUAACACUUCAUAGAGAUGCUGAUUAAAUUUUGUCCUCAUAGUUAAAAUCAAAAGACAUGAUCUGGAGUUUGUGUCCCCAUUUGCAAGUGUUUUUCUCAUUAACAGACUAAAACUUUGCAAUUCAAAGUUCCUGUUUGUUUUCACACAUUCUUUUGAACAGAUGCUUUAAAUAUGGUAAUUAUGUAAUAUGUGUGUACUAGACAAGGUUUGAGUUUUUCAAAUAAAUCCUGGAAGUUUGAGGAAACAACUCAAAACAAUGUUUGCUUUCCAAAAAACUACCUGGUCUUUAAUUGUAUAAAACCUUAACACUCACAAUAUUUUCUGAAGCCGCUUACACGUGCUCUGCAGUAAAAUUGUGAUUUAGGGCGCAUAGCAGAGCUGCGCAGCGCAGGUAUAUUUCUUCAUUGCUUCUGGCAUUGGUUGUGCCCUGAAAGGUCAGCAGCAACAAGGUCAAAGUUGAAAUAAUUUGAACUUUGCACACAGCACUCGGCGACAAUCCCGAGCAGUGUGCGACGCCAAGGGUAGCGCUAGUUGGAUGGCAACGCUCUCCCCGUAGGAAAACAAUGGAUCGCCCAGCGCAGAGCCGUUUUGCCUCGAAUAAUGUCUAGGCGGCUUUAUAAAGAAAAAAGGUAAGAAAUUUAAAAACUAAAGUAUAUUAAAGAUUGUUUUUUUUUUAAGUUUGUGUAUAGCUGGGUAAUAUGGAAAAAAGUUCUAAAUAAGUUGACCAGAUAAAGAUCUUUAAUAAAUAAAUUUAAUAAAAGUUUUGGUAUAAAACAAACAUGGGAAGUAACGUAAAAUGGACUGACAUUUCCAGCUACUAAAUUUGAAAUUUGUGUUUAAUGUUUCACAAUAUUAACUCCCUACAAUAUUAAAAUUAUGAACAAUUUAUACAGAUUGCUCAGUCCUACCUCUGUCUAGAUGUUUAGUGAUGACUAAAAAGUAGCAGCAACAAAUUUACCUCUGCACUCCCUUUCUCAGGUUUUUUUUUUUUUUUUUUUUAUUUAACUGAGGAGAUAUAACACAUUACAAAUCCCUUAAUUGAGAUAAGGUCAGGAAGUGUGAGUUUUUCCCCAAAUCAUUUUUGAGGCCAGAACAAUAUGUGUCAUUUGUUAAGCUCAUAUUUUAUUCUCAGUUGUCUUGUAGACUAAAUAAAUAAUGCUGCCGCAAAUCCUUUUCAGUAAACUCUCGGAUUGAUUGGUGUCUUCCGGCAUUCUGGAACAACAUUUUCACACGGCAUAUAAAAAUGUGAAUCAAAACAGCAUUUGUGAAACAAAAGGUGUGGAUGUAAACAUUUCAGUUAUUGGUGUAGUCGCAGAACAGAUAUUUGGGGCUGAUUUUGGGGCAUUCAAAUUACACCCAAUAUCAAACUUUCUGUGGCUUCGGAUGUUAAAAAAAGUUUAAAGAACAGAUAAAAUUUUAUUUUUUACCUAUUAUUUAGUCCAGUCUUGAUUAGAAUAUGAUUUACAGGGAAUUAAAGAUAAAAAGUGUCCAAUACAACCAGUGUAUGUCAAGAACAAGGGUAGAAUGUCACUAAGUACAUUUACCAAGUACUGUACUUCGCUAAUCUGUAAUCUGACAGCUUUAGUUACUUUAGAAAGGAAAAUGUUUGCACACAAAACACGUAGUUUAUAAAAUCUGUUUUAUAAUAAGUUAAGCUACUUAGUCGAGCUGAAAUCAUUCUCUGAUUUAACAGUUAGUUGAUUGACAGAACUGUUUGGAUCGUUACUAGUUUCUAAAAUUUGAGGAUUUGUCUUCAUUGUGUACUUUUUACUUUUAAUACUUUUAUUUUCCUGAUGAUACAAUUUCAAUGCAGGACUUUUACUUUCAACAGAGUAUUUUUUACAGUGUGGUAUUGAGUAUUAAAUAAAGGAUCUGAAUACUUCUUCCACCACUGGUAAAGAAGGUUUCCAGCAACAUUUUGACCCAGAUGUGCUUUACUGUAGAUAUUAGUUAGAUCUUUUCUUACCUAGCUUGCUGUGUGGCAUGUUUCUCUCUGCAGAAUCAUACUGUACUAGCAUGACUCUACCAGUAGGAGUAGUGCUUUUCUGUAAUGAAAGUGAUUCAGUGGAUGCCAAUAAACUGGAACCAUUUGAGCAUA